AUGAUUCUCUAUUCGCUCAAUAAGGCUGGUAGUGUUAUCGUUUCCGCUCCUGUUGCUGCCAAUGCUGCUAGUACUACCUCUAGUACUAAUGUUAGUACCACUACUAGUGCCACUACCUCUUUUGGUCAGUCGCCUCCUCCUUCCGUUUUGGGAAAGCGUCUGAGGUCUAGUAUGAUGGUGGAAGACUCUCCAACGCUGCAUAGGAAAGCUUCAACUCUUACCAGUAGAGUUAAGCCGGUACUUGUUCCAACCUCUGCAAAGCAUCGCAGACGAAUCGCUUCCGAUAAAGAAAACCAUCCACCAGUUCAAAUCUGGUCCGAAGAUGUUGAGAUUGCUUUUGCUGAGGCCUUAGCCAUCAUUCCAAAGCAAGGACUUCACAAAAUUAAGAUCAGUGGUUGUGCCAAGGGACGUAAUGAGCUGAUUUCCGACUACAUAUUGGCAAAAACUGGUAAAGGGCGCUCCAGAAAACAGGUUUCUUCACACAUUCAGGUUGUCAAGAACCUGCACAAGGAUCCUGCCCUUAUAGAACUUAUCAUGCAUGGUCCACCAAGAGAUGAUGAUGUUUGUAAGCGGUUCGAUGAGGUUUUUUCGGUUAUCUCCGUAGCUAAAUCGCUGGGACCUCCUGAGCAACGUCAGCAAUCCACAUCUUCCUGUUCGGUAACUGCGACUUCAACUUUUGCUUGCAGUGCGCCGGCUCUGGCUACUCCUACACGCCGCAGGUCGCACAAUGCAUACCAGCGGUCCAUCAUAAUGUUGUCUCCUACUUCAAAAUCCUUAUUGAAGCACAUCGACAUUGCUGUAAAACGGUUCCGGUUCAACUACAUCGAUAUGGACGAUCCCCAAAAUUCUCAUAAUUUUUCGGAACUGCCUGAAUCAGGUGCCAUGCAACCUCCUCUUAGAAUCCGAACUAAUGCCGAUCUUACAUACCGUUUCCCGAGAUUUUUUGAGUUGAUUAACGCCAUAAAGACAGAGUUACCUGAUUCCGGUGACGAAGUUUAUAGUUCUCCUAGUCUAACCAUUCCCCCUAUACCUAUUUUACAUGGAAUGGUGAAGAUGACUACUCCUUCGAUGGAUAAAGAUCAGACGGGUGGUCAAUACAAUGCAAGCAUCGUGAUUCAACUCACAAAUCUGCCCUCAGUGGAUAAGAGAUUAUGUUGUCUUACUCUGAUUUAUUCCUUUGGCAGGUUGAUCUUAUCCACUUUCGAGAAAUUGGAUACCAAAACAUGUCGUAAAAAUGAUCACAUUGAUGUGAGCUGCGAACUUAGGCUCGGCACAGGCUAUUGGAAGGACUUUUUUGCAGGUUUGAGACGCCUACUCGUUUGCAAAAUGACGACUAAGACUGAAUCACAGUUACUUUCACGUGCCAUCAAGGGAAUUACCAUGAAGCAGAUUAUAUUCGGCGUUUCGCAGAAGGAAUAUUCUCAUCUCAAUCCCAGUCACUAUAGUAUGGACUCGAUUAGCAAAUCUAGUAUUCGUUGUGUGUUAUUGUGGGAGUUCUUGAGGGUUGAAAGCGCCGCAGAAGCUUGCACAACACUGCGCAAGAUUCAUCUUCCUGUUAGUUCGUCUGCUGGGAAGGUCAGUAUGCGUAAACUGACUGAACACCAGUAUGUUGAAAUUCCCCAGAGUUCCUCCCAUUCGAAAGAUCCAGAAUUUUCCCUGCGAUUCAAGCGAUCGAGAUCUGUUCUGGGUCCACGCACUGAUGUCGAAAAUUGUGCUGCGAUUAAAAAGCAACGUAUACUUGAACCCGGUCUCCAGGCGCCUUCACACUCGUCUCCUCCCUCAUUCUCUUCAGCACCUAACUCGAUCUCUUGGAAAGAACCUGAUGCUUUUUCUGUGAGUCGUCAGUAUCCAGAACGUCGCUCGAUGCCUGGCUCUAUCCUCAACUCAGCAUCAACUUCGGCCCCUCUCGUUUCUAAACAUUUCCAGGAUGUAACUCAGUUUAACUAUAACUUACCUAUGCAAAUGCAGGCUAUUUGUUCACCGACUGCUGUUUCGGGUCCAAUCGGUUACCAAGAGCCUGAGUUAUCGCUCUCGAUUGGUCCUACUGAUCCGGAACCUCCGUUCCGAGAACAGCAACUCGAACGAUUUCAGUCAUUGGAUUCUCAUCAGCAGCAGUUAUUGCAGCCGUCUCUCGGUCCCGGGCCAGAAGCAUUUGAAUCGCAAUAUCUCAAUUUUUCUGUGGACAAUUCAUCGUCGUCCGAGGCCACUGAGACAGAAGAUAGCAUUGCCCACAUAGACCACGCGGGAGAUUCUCACAUCUUUGAUGCCGAUAUCACAACAGGAAGUUUCAAUAUGAUGUGGUAA